AUGAUAUGGGAUUGCUGCCCAAAAUUAACAAAAUGUUGCUUUUGUGUGACGGAUCUGAAGACAGCCUCUGCGAUUAUUGCUGUUCUAGGAAUUGUAACAAGCCCAGCAGUAUCAUGGGCUGUGGUACGGCACUCAUACGUAAUAAGGGUCUCGUGUGUUUUGACAAGUCGUGAAGACCGUAAAGAUGUAGUGGAUGUACACCUUAGUCAUUUUUUAAGUUUCGGUUUUGGUGCAAAUGCCGGUCUAGGACCAUCCUGCCUAGAUCCUGAGGCUAAACCUGACCCCAAUGAUCUACCACCAUCCAAACCCCCCGACACGACCGAUGUCCCUAAGUAUAAUUUUUAUUUGUCGGUUAAAUGGGUUGGCUGGGUAGUGUUGCUGGCAGACUUCGUGUUUUUGAUAUACAGUAUUUUCUUCUUAUAUAGACUUUAUCAGCCAAGAUCUGCAGGAUAUCAGGCAAGUUUAAUAUUACAAUUCAUGUGGGCAUGUAUAGUGUCGAUAGCACUAUCAUUUGUCUACAGCAUGUUGUAUGUAUCGGCUUGUAUAACAGUUGGGGGAUCAUUCCCUGUAUUCGAAUUCUUCUUCUCAUUCUUCGACGUUAUUUUAUGGGGUUAUUUUAUAGCAGUGAUAAAUUCCUACAGUGAUUUAGUUGGUACAUCUCAAAGAACCUAA